AUGGAAAUGUUCGGCAGCCCUCCAACGAAUAUAUCCGCGCCGUCGCCCUCGUCAGCUGCGCGAGAUCCUCGAGUCCAGCUCCCCACAACCACCGAUCCUCCUGGCCCAAACAAUCCUCCCAAGCAGCUCGUAUGGCUUAUAUUCGGCGUAACAGGCCACAUGGGCCGCUCCCUCGCCAAAGCCGCCCUCCUGCACAACGAUCUAGUCGCCGCCGUCGGCCGCACCUUCGAAGACAGCCAUGAAUCAAUGCAGAGAAUGGCACUCGAAAACGAAAACUGCCUGGGACUUUUAUGCGACGUGCGCGUCCGCGAGACCGUGAGCGAAGUCCUUGAGCGCACAAUUGCGCAUUUCGGGCGGAUCGAUAUCAUCGCGAAUUGUUCGGGGUACGGCGUUAUUGGCGCUUGUGAGGAUCAGGACGAUUACGAUAUUCGCAAUCAGUUCGAGACGAAUUUCAUGGGGACGCUGAAUAUCAUUCAGCUGUCGUUGCCGUAUUUUCGGGACAGAAGGGCUGGGAGAUAUGUCAUCUUCAGCUCUACGUCGGGGGCUCUCGGUGUGCCGGGGCUGGGGCCGUACUGCGCAUCAAAGUACGCUGUGGAAGGGUUGAUUGAGAGUAUGCUAUACGAAAUCGACAGUUUCAAUAUCAAAGUGGCUCUGAUUGAGCCGGGUCAUGUACGACGGGACGAUGUGACUACUACUACUACUACUACCAAACUGACGCCGAAUACAUGGGACAAUCCGCCGCCUCAUUUACCAGCGUACGGCCAUUUCUUCAUCAAGCCCACCAGUGAGCCGUACCGCACCAACUCGUCGCCGGCAGCGCAUGCGCGGCGUUUACUGCUCUGGCUGGGCGAUAAACAGCCUGUCAGCGCCGUGAAAGCGGCGGAAUUGGUAUGGCAAUUGGGGCAUUGCUCGUUUCCUCCGCUGCGUUUGCUGUUGGGGUCGUAUGCGGUUGACAGUAUCCGCGACAGAUUGCGAUGCAUUACGGAGGAGAUUGAGGAUUGGAAAUAUUUGAGUUUUCCGAUUCCCGGUCAAGAGGUCCCCGGUGGUGAGAGUCAUGCCGCCGGCGGCACUCAAAAGUCACCGGCUUACAAGAGCGAUGAGAAUGAAGAUGGUCCUGCGACGGGCUAG